UUCCCUAAUGACUAAUGAGAUUAGUCAUCUGUAAAUCUUUGGUAAAAUCUCUACUCAAAUAUUUUGACCAUAUUUUAAUUGAAUUGUUUACCUUUUACCUAAGGAACUGUAAUCAUUCUUUACAUGUUCUGAAAAUAAGUCUUUUACCAAAUAUAUACUUAUAUAUAUAGUCUGUGAAGCCUAUACUCUUAACCAUUUCCUUCAUUGCUUCUCAAUACUUAUUGAAAUAAUUGAGAAACUUCUGCAGGGCAGUGACUCCUCCCUACUGGCAAUUGUGCGUUUUAAAGUUAACAAAAGGUGAGAAAACCCUGUUGACACUUUUGUUUGAAGGCUGAAAGUUCACAUUUUCACUACUUAUCAAAUCACCUUCAUUUUGGUAGAGAACAGAACAGUCCCUUCCUGGAUUUGAAGAAUUGAAGAGGUCACAAGUGUGAUUACCUCUGAAAUCUCUGCCUUUAGUACCUAUUGAAGAUAACUAGAUAACUCUCAGCUGUCGGUAACUUGCCCUAAGGUACCCUGUUUUUAAUUUUCUAGUUGUUUUGUUUCAUUAUGGAGAUAGACGGUUUUCAGCAGUUAGACCUAAAGAAGAGUGUACCUUCCAAAAAGACGACUCCUAGAAGGAUUAUCCAUUUUGUUGACGGAGACAUCAUGGAAGAAUCUAGCACAGAGGAAGAGGAGGAAGAGGAAAAAGAGAAACAAGAGGAACAGAGCAGAAAUUCAACACUUGACCCUUCUAAACUUUCCUGGGGACCCUAUCUACGAUUUUGGGCAGGACGAAUAGCAAGCACCUCAUUUUCUACAUGUGAAUUCCUUGGUGGAAGGUUUGCUGUCUUCUUCGGUCUUACUCAACCCAAAUAUCAGUAUGUGUUAAAUGAGUACUACAGGAUACAAAACAAGAAAAGUGACAACAAAAGUGAAGGGAAUGGAUCAAAGGCCCAGGCAGCUGAGGUUCCUAAUGAAAAGUGUCAUUUGGAGGCUGGGGACCGAGAGUAUGGGACCAUACAACAGGAUACAGCAGAAGCCAUUCCUCAGUGAAGCACGUCAUCCAGGGAAGGUCUGGUGGCAGAGCCCAGCUCAUGAUGGCAGCAAAGACUAUAGUUUCCCUGGAUCUCUGUUCCUUGGCCAUUGGUUACCAUAGCAACAGCACCACAGGUAGCACUUCUGAACCAGAUCUGAUCCUAAUCUCUGUGUGACUUAGUCUCAAGCAUCCAGGAAUUACAAGCAAUAAUGAGUGCAAUUUUGGACACUUUCUCAGUAUAAUUUUUAUGUGCAAGCCAACCCAUCUCAACUCCACCCCAGUGAUACAAGUCUCAUGAGUACUGACAUUUGCACUGUAGCAUAAAUGCCUUAAAGAAAUGGUGGGACUGGGAGUUUUGGGCUGAAAUUCUCUGUCAUGGGACUAGGGUACAGUAAAGGAGCUCAAUUCCUCAGAAGAAAAUUUGGGCACUGCAAAAUCUAAAUAAAUCCCCUUUCAGGGUUUGCAUAGGUGUGUACUUCCAAACAACCAUCCUGGCUUAGUUGGGGAUUGUUUUACAAUAAGUAAACAUUGCUAACAGCUCUGUUAUAAGAUCAUUAUCAAGGUCUUUAGGAAUUAGGUACGUCCCUCCAAAUUAAAAUAAUCGAUAAAUGAUCUAAGCUCUAGAAAAAAUAUUUUAAUGGAUUAUUUUCUUAUUCAUUUGUCAAGUAAUUUUCAAAACCUGAAAAGAUCGAACAUGGAAAUCAUUGUUAGAUAACACAGCGUGUGUUGGCCAGAAUAACUGUGAUGCAUUAAUGGUAAAAAACAAAAAACACAGGCCUUGCAGUAAUCAGACUUGAGCUGCAGUUUCCCUUCUCCCAUUUACUAGUUGUGUGAUUUGAGGUGUCCAGAUUUCUGAGCUCCAGUCUCCUUUGUAAAAUAUGGGUGACUUCACUUGCUCCUCCUGGGUUAUUGUUAAACAGAAUUAUGAGAAAUAAUAAUUUAUUGUUGUUUU